AUGUCAAAUCAAAGUGUGGAAGAACAAUCGAAGAGAGUCGAAGUGACCUCUAAUCUACAGGAAAGCAAUCAUCAGGUUGAAAGGAGCUCUAAGAGGAAGUUUGAAGAAGUGUUUGAAAACUUAAUAGAACAAUCAGAAGAUUGUAAUUCGGAAAUCUCUCGGUACAAAAUGCUCAAAAUAUUGAGGUAUGUUCAUUCCAAAAUCCCCCGAGGAGCAACAGAUGCUGGAAACGUCGACACGAGUGUGAAAGCGCCUCUGAAUACCAAAACUUCAUCAGAGUUAAAUCCCAUUUUCAAAUAUAACCCUCCAGAUUCACUUACGUCAUUCAGAGAGCGGCGACCAAUCGUCCCUUUUACCACAAAUUCAUCAGACGUAACUAACGCGACACCAGCAAUCGAUUCAGCGGUAACGAAUGGUCUGAAAAUAACGUCAGAAAUGAAUCCGAAUUCAAGUCAAUCCUCCUCAGAUGCAGAAUCCUCUCUAUCCUCACCUAAAAACAGUAAUAUGGUAAGCGAAAUAUCUGUUUCCAAAGGAGAAUGGGCCCCUCCUUUUACAAGGAACGCCCCGAGAAACACACUUCCUUCUGCCUUACCCACAGAUUCCUCGUGUGAUGAUAUACCUAAUGUGUUGACUAUUUCUUUUCGACGAAAUGAUGCAUCGGAUAGUAGAUACGUUCCAACAGUCACUAGUUCAUUUGAUACUCCCCUAUCAUCUAAGUUUGACAUCACUUGGUUGAAGAUACCUGAGAUCAGCGUGACCAAACGGAGUCCAGUGGAAUUUCAAAGAAAUACUGCCCCUUCUUCUAGCUUGAAUAAAACCACUGCAACAGCACACAAGUACGUAGACAGCGGAUUGCUAUUUAAGAAUUUUGAGUCUUAUUUUGAUCAUAUUAUUCAUCAAAAUUCGAAUGAGUAUUGCAGUGGUAUUCAAAAGUAUACUUCAGAAUUCUUAUCUAAGGAACAGUGUUCUUCUGGUGUGAAUGCAUCUACUAUUGCCAUGGACUCUACAGAUUACCCUCUAAAGCGGAUAUCCAACAGAUCAGCUAAUCUCCCACUUUUGAGUGGAGUUGAAGCUAUUGACUCAAAGUCCACAGAGGAGGAAAAAGUAAAUUCUGGCAGUUGUGUAAAAUCGGUCGAGAAAAACGACGAAAAACUUAUCUCGAUGUGUCCCCCGUGCAACUUUUCCAAAACAUCUAGAGAAGCCAUCUUAGAGCACAUACCAGAUAAACAUUAG